AGCAGCCGAGAACAUGUCGUUACAGCACAGCUGUGCCGUAUGCCACAGGGCGCGGUCUGAAUCUUAUCACAGGAAACAUCCAAUUCACCCUGGCUCAGAACCUCUCAGUGGCAUAUGCAGGCGAUGCCGCUCACGGAGGAAAGAGCAGGUUGUUGUCAUACAUCACUAUCAUAACCAUGAUCACAUUCAUCACUACUAUCACUACCUGGAACAGCCGACGGACCAGCAAGGGAGGAAACAUGGUGUUGAGAAUCCCCCAUCGACAGCGUUUGAGUUGCCUGGCUCGUCAGCUGCUCCAUUCCGCGCGCCAUCAGAGGUGCUGGCUGACGAACCACCGCCGGUAGUCGACAUGAGAACAAAGCCGCGUAUGCCGUUGAGCAACUUUCGCUGACGACAAUGGGUAUUGAAAGCCCGAAAAAUCAAUACAAUAUCCAGGGCCGUGUUUUAAUCCUCCAUGUUGCCAUGAGACUUAUAGGCUCUCCUAGGAAGAGAAGAAGAGAUGAAAUAGCACUGUAGCACUGCCAAGCCCCAUUUCCCAAGGCGCUAAAACUUGUAC